AUGGUGAUCCAUGAAUUAAUUCAUACAGCAACUUUGCAUUCAGCAAGCACAGCACGCGCUCAGCUGAUUCGGCAAGUUUCUCACUCACCUUACCCACAAACCACCGCGCUUCCUUUUCCCCUAACGCCUGCAAUCAUGGCGGGUGUGGUGCAGGCGAAGGUAACCGAGCAGAAGCUUGAAGAAGAGACGGUCCUGAAUGGAGAUGCAGAAGAGAAAGAGGAGGUAGACCCUUCCGAGGAGACAGCCAAGAAGAAGAAGAAAAAGAAGAAGAAGAAGUCGGCAGGCCCCGCAGCCGGCACCGAGGCUGAGGGCAAUGGAGUGGCUGAUGUGACACAACAGCUGGAGAAGCAGGCUCUGGAGGACAAAGAGAAAGAAGAAGAUGGGGAGGAUGAUGGAGACGAGGGGGAGAACUCGGCAGGCAAAAAGAAGAAGAAGAAGAAAAAGAAGAAAGGACCCAAAGUUCAGACUGACCCUCCGUCUGUGCCCAUCUGUGACUUGUAUCCAAGUGGUGUUUUCCCCAUUGGUCAGGAAUGUGAAUACCCCUCAUUACAGGAUGGGCGUACCGCGGCGUGGAGGACCACCAAUGAAGAGAAGCGGGUUCUGGACAAGGCCAACGAGGAAAUGUGGAGCGACUUCAGACAGGCUGCUGAGGCCCAUAGACAGGUCCGCCAGCACGUCCGCAGCUUCAUCAAACCUGGCAUGACCAUGAUCGACAUCUGUGAGCGGUUGGAGAACUGUUCCAGGAAGUUGAUCAAGGAGAAUGGUCUGAAUGCAGGCCUGGCCUUCCCCACCGGCUGCUCUCUGAACAACUGUGCGGCUCACUACACCCCUAACGCAGGAGACCCCACCGUACUGCAGUACGACGACGUCUGCAAGAUCGACUUUGGAACACACAUCAACGGUCGGAUCAUUGACUGUGCCUUCACCGUCACGUUCAACCCAAAGUAUGACAAACUGCUGGAGGCCGUGAGAGACGCCACCAAUACUGGAAUCAAGUGUGCUGGAAUCGACGUGCGUCUGUGUGACGUUGGAGAGAGAAUUCAGGAAGUGAUGGAGUCGUACGAGGUGGAGAUUGACGGCAAAACAUACCAAGUGAAGCCAAUCAGAAACCUGAACGGCCACUCAAUUGGCCAGUACAGGAUACAUGCCGGCAAGACUGUCCCCAUUGUCAAAGGAGGAGAAGCUACCAGGAUGGAGGAGGGAGAGGUGUACGCCAUCGAGACAUUUGGCAGCACAGGGAAGGGCGUGGUCCAUGAUGACAUGGAGUGUUCUCAUUACAUGAAAAACUUUGAUGUGGGACACGUCCCAAUCAGACUCCCCCGGGCGAAGCACCUGUUGAACGUUAUCAACGAGAACUUUGGCACACUGGCGUUCUGCCGGCGCUGGCUAGACCGGCUGGGGGAGAGCAAGUACCUGAUGGCCCUGAAGAACCUGUGCGACCUGGGCAUCGUGGACCCCUACCCCCCGCUCUGCGACACCAAGGGCUCCUACACCGCCCAGUUCGAGCACACCAUCCUGCUCAGGCCCACCUGCAAGGAGGUGGUGAGCCGAGGGGACGACUAUUGAAUACGGAACCCAACCUCAUUCAAACCCCUCCACCCCAAUACAGAGAAUAGACACACUGAACCGUCUGCCUGCACUUCCAACAGAAAAACAGCAUCUAAAUACAGGACCUUCCUUUGGUCUCUUCCCAUUUCUCCCACCUUGGCAGAGAGCAGCCAGUAAGGGCUAUGAAAAAUGCUGCUGUAAGGUACCCCCACAAUGCAUUUUUACCGCUACUUAAGAGCGAGCAUGGAGGGACGAGCUUAUGUAGCAGCAGCUGAAUCUUUUUUUCCCCUCUUAUUUUGUUAACCACAAAGCUUAGUCGUCAUUUCCCCCCCCCUGCUAGAGGGAUCUGUGGACACGGUGUCUCAGCAAUCGUCUGAAGCUGCCAUAGAAUCUCAAACUGUUACAGUUCAACUGCUUAGAACACCCAGUAUUUAGACCCAGUAAGAAUGUGAAGAAACAAACCUUUCCUUACCAAAAUAAGUACCUUCCUCUCCCUCGAAGUAUGCAUAGGGAAGGGAGUGUUUCCUAAUCAUGUGACCUGAUCAGGAAAAACUCCUGGCCCUUACUGCUAUACAGUUCUUGGUUCAGACUGCGGUCUUUCAGCCUGACCCUACAGUGUUCUGGUCAUCGGGUCCUGACAGUUACUAGUCACUCGAUUGCUCGUCAGAACCCUUUCGAGUUCCUGGUGGGAACGAUGACGACUAGACAACCAUGCAUCUACAGCUGUAUGUUUGGCUUCAUGAUACAGGGAGAGGACUCUGCACUCAUCUUAAUAAACAAAUACUGGAGAAGCGAUUUGUGAAAAUGGCUGCUGCCACUAUAUGUACUCAAAUGUAGUGCUUCAUUUUGAGUUCCCUGGAAAUGUUUUUGUAAGAACUAUUGAAAUAAAAAGAAUUCUCUCUGUA